CUGUGGUGGCAGCUGUGAAAACUCUUCAAGAAAAGAUCCACCAUCUAGAGUUGGAGAAGUCACAGGCUGAAGAUAAUCUGUACAGCCUCUCCAUAGCAGCUGCUCAGUAUAAGAAGGCCUUAGAACAUGAAUCCUACAAAAAGGACACAGCACAUCAAGAACUGAUGCAACAGAGGAAAGAUGUAAGUGUGCAAUUAAAUGCAGCACAAUCCCGCUGCUCCCUGCUGGAGAAACAGCUGGAUUACAUGAAGAAAAUGGUUUCCAGUGCGGAACUGGAAAAGAAAAUGGUUUUAGAGCAACAGGCCCAGCUUCAGAAAGAGGAAGAUCAGAACUGGUUGGAACUGCGUGCAAAACUUGAAAAGCUUGAAAUGCUAGAAAAAGAGUGUCUUAAACUUACUGCUACUCAGAGAAUUGCAGAAGACAAGAUCAAACACUUAGAAGAAAAGCUUUGUAAAGAAGAGCAUCAGCGUAAGCUAAUACAAGACAAAACUGUUCAGCUUCAAACAGGAUUUGAGAUAAACAGAAUUUUGAUGUCUUUGGUAAAAUCUCAAAAUGAACCUAAAAAGGAAAACGGGAAGAAGAAAAAACCUAAGAAGAGAAAUCCUGCAAUGAAGAAAAUACACCUUUCACAAUUACGUGUAAAGGCUCAGGAACUACCUUUUGUGGCAGGGAAGUCUGUCAGCUCCAGCCAUUCUGUUAGUGCAAAUGUACAAAGUGUGUUGCAUAUUAUGAAGCAUCGCAGUCCACAUAUCUCAUCACGAAGCCAAGAAGGAGCUACGUCUGGGAUUUCAGGACGCAGUGCACUUUCAAAAUCUGUAUCCUCUGGUCCCACAUCACCUACUGCCACCAGAAGUCUUUCGAACCUUCUGUUGGCCAUACAAGAUGAGCUGGGCCAAAUGAGCUUUAAGCAUCAAGAACUUCUGAAGCAGAUACAGGAGACUCAAGACGCCGGAGUUUGUGAACACCUAGAAUGGGAGCUGGAUUUCCUUGUUAAACAAAUGGAGAUCAAAGGAGAACAAAUAUCCAAGCUGAAAAAGCAUCAGGCUUCUGUGCAAAAAUUAAAGAGAAAAACUCAGAAGUUGAAGCAAGGGGCAGCUCAUGUCAAACUAAAGCGUGGUGACCAAAAGGAAACAAAGGAGAUUGCAGUAAGGGAAAGUAUGUCUAGAUCUUGUCCUGGGCAGAAAAGCAGAAGUUCUCUUCAGCUGCUAAAAAAUGUGCGGAAACUUCAGUCAACACUGAAAAAAGAUGAUAUCAUGUGGGAACAAUAG